UAACGAAGACCCAUUGAUUACCUCGACGCGAACGCUCAGAUCAGCCAUCGCAAUGCCUUUGCGGUCCUCGUCUCACCUCUCUGAGGUCUCAAGACCUAGACUCCGUCUGGCUCGCGAAUCAGACCGUCCGCUCAGUCUCAUAUGCCGUCUCAUGCGUCCGGACUGCGCAUACUGAUACUGCCGCCGUGAGGUCUCGAGGCCAUAACGCUGUCAGCUCAUCAUUUGAAUGGUACUCGUGAUGGCCUCUGCAAGCGGGUUAUAACAUGGCUACAUGGAUGUUGACCUCACAGACGAAUUUGCCCGCCAUGAUACUCGGUAUACACAUGCACUACCCUCAAGUUUACAAGGGUCUAGCGAAGAUCAGUAUACGAGAACACAUUGUCUGUACGAGUCGAACAAAAGCGCCCUUCUCUACCAGCCACGGCCUUUGCUCUGCUCAGAACUCUCCCCUCAAAGCUGACAAGCGGCGGAACAAGACAGGCGUUAUGCCUCCCUACGGUCCCGUCGGCGUCGCUGCCGCUCUCGAGGCGUCUGUCAGCACCACCCCCACUCCGACCCUUUUCGAGCACGAGUUCUCCGCGAGGGACAAAGUCGCUCUUGUCAGUGGUGCGAAUCGCGGACUAGGGCUUGAGAUGGCCAUGGUGCUCGCGGAAGCAGGUGCCCGAGCGGUGUACUGCGUCGACCUCCCGGAGAAACCAAGUGAGGAGUGGACCAAGGUCAAGGACUACCUGGCACGAAUGAAGGGAAAAGCUGGGGGGGAAGGCCGCCUGGAAUAUUUCAGCGCAGACGUGUGCGAUCAGGAACGUCUGUGGAAAAUCGGGGAAACGAUCGGUGACAGGGAGGGCCGUGUGGAUGCUUGUAUCGCCGCUGCUGGUAUCCUCAAUCCGGACACCGAUUGUCUCGAAUACAAGUCUAAAUCUUUCCAGAGGGUAAUGGAAACAAAUGUGAACGGCGCACUCUUCACCGCACAAGCAGCAGCGAGGCAGAUGGUUCGCUUCGACAACGGUGGCAGCAUCAUCUUCAUAGCGAGCAUGAGCGGAAGCAUUACUAACAAGGGUUACCGCUGGAUCUCAUACAAUACCUCCAAAUCAGCGAUUCUUCAGAUGACACGUAGCAUGGCUUGUGAACUCGGCGAAAAGCGCAUCAGGGUCAACUCCGUCAGUCCUGGUCACAUUUACACGACCAUGACCGCGGCUUAUUUCGACACGGAUCCGCGCCUGCUUGAAGUGGCCUCAAGCUCCAAUCCGCUGAAUAGGCUCGGCCGACCGGACGAACUGAGAGGAGUCGUGACGUGGCUGGCCAGUGACGCUUCCACCUUCUGCACAGGCAGCGAUAUGCUCGUGACGGGCGGGCACCAUGCAUGGUAAACAAAUGGAUGUUCAAGGGGUUGAAAGUGAUCUUGUACUUGGGAUUAUACGCUCUGACUAGAGUUUUGGCGAUAUGCUCUAAUUUUGUUUCUGCAGGUCACGCAAGUCAC